AUGGCGGACGCAGAGGAAAAGGCGCGCCAGGAGAAGCUGGCCGCCGCCCGCAAGCGCGUCGAGCAAAUGAAGAAGAAGAAGAACAAGAAGGCCGCGGACCCCAAGAAGGAAGACUCCGGCGCGACGGAGACGCCACCGCCCGAGGCCGCCGAACCCGCGCCCGACGCAACGGCCGAGUCCAGCCAGAGCAAGCCCGCCGAAGCGCCCGCCGACGAUGCGGCCGGUGACGACAAGGCCGUCGUCGAGGAAAGCACAGACAACUCGUCGCCCUCGGCGACGCCGUCCCUCGCCCAGCAGUCCAAGAUGAGGUCCACGUCGUUCCGCGCGGGCUCGGGCUCCGGCACGGGGACCGCUUCGCCCGCCCCGUUCAGCCCAGACGGCGACACGGCGCCAGACAUUUAUCGCAAGCACGUCGCGAAGAUUGAGGAGCUGGAAAAGGAGAACAAACGGCUGUCCAAGGAGGCAACCGAGGCGGAGAAGAGGUGGAAGAAGGCAGAGGAGGAGCUGUCCGACCUGCGCGAGGCCGAUGGCGAGUCGUCAGCAAAAGGCGGCAGCAGCACAGAGGUGGAGAAGCUGAAAAGCGAGGUUGCAUCACUACAGCGACAAAAUGGCCAGCUUCAACAACAGGUCUCUCGUGGCUUGGGCCACGGCCACCGCGCGUCGGUGUCCAUUGCUUCCCCGCCCUCGGAACUUCAGGCAGACCUCGACUCCAAAAUCGCCACGAUCGAGUCUAUGGAGAUUGAGAUUUCCAAGCUCAAGGCCAGGGUCGAGCGCCAAGAGACCGGUGCGUCCUCGGAGAGGGAGCAGGUCACCGCACUGGAAGAGAAGCUCGCUCGCGCCGAAGCAGCCGCCGGCAAAGCUCAGCGGGAGCUGCAGGAUGUGAAACGCAACCUCGAGCGGGCCACGGAAAAGGCAGUUCGGGAGGGCAGCGAGCGAUCGAGCGCCGAGACCAAGGUGAAGACGCUGGAGCACGAAGCGGAGCAGCUGAGAGCAGCCAAGGACGAGCUGGAGAAAAAGGCCGACGGCUUGGACAAGAAGGUGACGACACUGACGACGCUGCACAAGGAACAAGACGCGCGAUCGCAGACGCUGCGCAAGGACAAGGAGCGGGCGGACAAGGAGGUGGAGGAGCUGCGAAGCAAGGUUGAGAAGCUAGAGAGCGAAAACAUCAAGCUUCGCAGCCGCAAGUCGGCAGAAGGCGGCGGCGGCCUGGACGACGAGGGCGUCGACGAGCUGGAAAACGAAGAGCGACUGCGUCUGGAGCGCAAGAUCCGCACCCUGGAGAAGGAGGUGCACGACCUGCGAAGCGGCGCCUGGAUCGAGAAGCGCCGCGAGAUGGAGGCGACGAGCCCGGGCUUCCAGGACGUGGACCUCACGGGAGGCAGCAUGGGCGCGACGCCUCACAAGAAGCACUCGGGCGGUGGCUUCGGCGACUUCCUGACCAGCGGCCUGAAUGCCCUUGCUGGCGGAGGCGACGACGAGGGCUUCAUGGACGACGACGACGCAGACUUUGACGAGGACGCGUUCCGCAAGGCGCAAGAGGAGGAGUCGCAGAAGCGCAUCGAGAGGAUCAAGGAGAUUAAGCGGUCGCUCAAGCACUGGGAGGGGUGGAGGCUCGACAUGGUGGAUAUGCGCCGCGGGGGCGGAGAAGGCAUUGGGGACAUAUUCGACGUCUAG